AUGUCUAAUUUUUCUGACAUUAAUAAAUUAAAAAGAAAUAUGAAAAAGUUGAACAAUGUUGAAAGCGGUCCAAAGAAUAAUGAUAUAUGGAGUUCUGCAAUUCACGCCAAUGUAUGUUUUUGCCUAAACUGUGCUAUUGCAGCAUCAUCCUCAUCUACAAUAACAUUAGAAGAUCUACUCUGGAUAUAUGCCUCCCCAUUCAUAUUAAUCAUCGGCCUGUGUGGCAACCCCUUAAUCCUCCUAAUCACAAACCGUAAAUCAUUCCGUGGCUCCACAUCCAGUAUCUACCUAUCGACACUCGCAGUUUUCGAUACCAUAGCUCUAGUAUCCGGUAUUAUACCGGAACUUAACCGAUCCCUACAUCUACCGACUUUUAAUACAAUUAGCGCGUUCUCAUGCCAGUUGGAAAGAUUUAUUUUUUACACGGCUAGCGAUACGGCUAUAUGGAUUUUGGUGUUAUUCACCUUGGAUAGGUUUAUAGCUGUAUGUUUCCCGUUCAAGAAGAGAGUCGUUUGUAUCCCAAGGAGAGCUAAGAUAGCCUGCUUCGUUGCAUUUCUAUUAGCUUUCGCCAAAAAUUUUCACGUAUUUUUUACUAGAGGUGUUUACGGUGAACAUGCUACUACGGCCAGUAACGUUAAAAAUAUUAAUACAACUACUAACAAUAUUAGCAGCACAGUAAGUUACGGUAUAAAUGCAAACAUUAAUCCAAUCUCAAAUCAUGCUGCCAACAUUAACAACAACAGCAACAACAACAACAACAACAAGAGCAUUAUUUCUGACAUCAAUAGCAAAAACAUCAGCAACGACGUCUCGACGUACAGCAGACAGAAUUUAAAAUGCACUAAAAAUCCGGAUUUCACUAAUUUUGAGAACGUUGUGAGGCCGUGGAUCGCCUUCACCCUAGUCAGUUUGAUUCCAACACUCAUCCUUCUCAUCUGCAACGCCCUUAUCAUCUCGAGACUUGUUAAAAACUUCAAAAGUAGGAUUAAAUCGAGUCAAUCUAAUACUCAUAGUGCUAAAAUUAAAGUCAGUAAGCGUAGUAGCAAUGCUUUUAACAAUAGUAACCGUAUUAGUAGUAGCGUUAUUGGUAUAAAUAGUAACUGUAGUUGUGGUAGUUUUGUUGGCUGUCAGCAUAAAAAUGCGCCAGUUGUAUUUACAGUAGCAAGUAACAAUACCGUCGGUAUAUCUCACAGUUAUAAUUACAACAACCACAUCAACAACAUCAACAACAACAUCAAUUAUAGCAACAAGGGUACUACUACUGCUGCUGCUGUUGUAGCUACUACUACUUCUAAUACUAACAACAACAAACACGUAAACAAACAAGCAAACGCUCAAAGGGUUAAAUACAAACAGACAGCUCUCAUGUGUGUUGGUGCUUCAGUCUUAUUCGUAAUCUGCGUCCUACCCAGUAUUGUUAUGGUCAUUGGAAGGCCCUACUGGUCCCUUUGGCCAGACGGAAGUGCAAAUUCAGUCUACGAUAUCUUCAAAGCUAUCAACAACCAACUAGCGUACCUCAAUCACAGUGUCAAUUUCUUUCUGUAUUGUUUGACUGGUAAAAAAUUUAGAGAGGAACUAACUUACGUUAUUUGUAAAUAUUGCUGUUGGUGUUGUCGCAACUGUGGCUGCUGCCGUAGCUGCCGUAACUGUUGUGGUAGCUGCUGUGGCUGUUGCGGUAGCUGCUGUGAAAAUACUAGUGGUAAUAAUGCCUAUAAGGGAAGAAUGAGUAUUAGCAAGGUGUCUAGUAAUACUGGAGGUAGUGUCUAUAGUAAAAAGAACAAACUAAGUAGGAGACGAGCCACUGAUGGUGAUUGUAUAAAGUUUACAAAGAUCUUAAAUGGUAGUAACGUUGAUAACAUUGUUAGUCAUGGUUUCACGGCUAGCAACAUUACUACAACCACUACUGCUUCCAGUAAAAAUACCAACAACAACAACGACAACAACAACAGUAAUACCAACAACAACAACAACAACAACAACAAUAAUAAUAAUAUAGAUAAUAAUAACGACGACGACGACGACGAUGAUGCUGUUGUUAUUAUCACAAACAGUAGUGAUGGCGAUGAGGACAACGUUGAUGAUAAUACCAGCAAAUAUGAUAACAAUGAUUGCAACGAAUCUUAUGUCUGA